AUGCCGGCUCGGUCGACAGACAGUGAUGUGUAUAGAGCACGGGUGCAUAGAGAACCGCAGGUGCGGUUCUCUAUACCCGACCCGGACGACACAGACAGAAUAGUGUUCCCAAACACUUCGACGGGUGAUAGCGACGAGAGCCAGGUGCAGGAGCAGGAGCAGGAUACUACUCGUCAGGGCCAGCGACAACGACAGCGACAGAGCAAGCAGGUGGACAACCGCGGGCACCUGGUGGAUAUGCACUCCAAGAUCAUGAUAGAUGUGCCCGAGGAUAUAUGGAAGUUCCACCGCAGUCACAGGAAGUCAAAGUCCCUCGACGGCGACAGCAGCAGCGACUCGAUUGUGCUCGGACACAAGAAGUCGAAGUCCCUGCAGUCCAUCAUCCUGGAGACCGUCAGCUCCUACCAGGACUACUCCCGGGACACUUCCACAGGCGACAUUUCUUCGAGCACUAACAACAGCAGCCUGAGCCAGGUAUCGCCGCUGCACUUGGGACCACAGACAAUGAUGACCCCCACUAAAAAUGCAAGCUCAAACAGCCUGUACCUGUCUUCGGAGUCUCCCUUAAAUAAGUACAAAGUGCCAGUUCCAGCAAUGAUCUCGCUGCCGCCAUUCCUGUCGCCAGAAAAUAAACACAAAAAGUCCAACAGCGUGGUGUACAACGGCUCCGGAUACAGUGCAUAUAACUACGACGGCGACACUUCCUCAGAGUACACAGGUGAUCACACCCAGACUUCCACAGACGACUCCAUUCCAUCAGCAAAAUUCGAUAUAUCAUUCGACCCAGGUGCACAGAGUGCGCAAGAGACCGAUCACAUAUUAGGCAUAGAUGAGGAUGCAAACGUUAAUCUAAAAGUACAAAAUAGAAACUUACGCAUGAAGAGCUUGCAUAACCAGAUCCCGACAAUGAUCCAUGAGAAAUCAUCCCCAUCAAGACAAUCAUCACCAGUUGCGCCAAUUUUGAAAACUAAUGAUCAACUACCAAUUCCAAACCAACAAUCUGCAACAGUACCAAUACUCAAAAAUAAUGAAAAAUCACCAAUGUCAAAUCAACCUUCUCCAGUGGUCCCAAUACUCAAGCACAAACAUAAGCGCGAAUUGAGCAUGCCUUCCCCUCAAAAUUACCAGUUCCCUACAUCACAUUCUAAUUCAGAGCAGCAAACAAUACUUAAUAAAGACAUUGCAAAAGAAAGUAAAUCACUGCAAAUAUUAUCUACUCCAUCCAAGACUAUUGAUAUUCCAGAUUUAUCAAAAAUGACUACACCAGCUAGUGCAUCAUCUCGUGGUUCUUUACAUUUCUUCGAUAGAUUUGAUGACUCAAAAGAUGACGAAAACUUUGUACCCGCUAAUAUUAACAGAGUAGACCAAUUAGAUCUAAGUUUCAAAUUUCCAGCAUCCAACACCCAACAUGCUGAGAUAGCACCAGUACUAAACCCCAUUGAAGAUAGCGACUUUUUGAAAGUGGAUACUUCGCCUACUAAUCCCCAAUUCGAAAAAAGGCGACAAAUGCUCAUGGAUCAAAACCGUAAUAGUGCAAUGUCUCAUCAGCAUAGAAGAAGCAGAAGUGUUCAUAACACUGAGGAUAUACAGGACUUAUUUGAAGCAACUUCGACACCUCCAAAGACCUCCAAAGAACAAAGUGUACCUACUAGAUCUCCUCUGCGACCAAAGUCACCUACAUUGACGGACAAUCUCCCUUCAUAUGACCCUAAUCCAGAUGUGAUCCCAGAUAUCAAAGUUACAGAAAGUCCAGAGGACGAUUCAGUUAAUUCUAUACAAGAUAGUAUUACCAAGGUCACUGAUCCACACUAUAUUGAAGAUACUCAAGACAGUUAUCAAUAUGUUGGAGUUCAUGAUAUAUCAACUUCCAGUACAAUAGAAAACUCAAGUGAAUAUGAUAGUACUCCAACGGAAAUUACAAUUGAAGGGACAGAAAACAUCUUAAGACAACCAUUAACCACAUUUGCCUCAUUCAGUGCUCCAUUAAAUUUGGAUGGAAUAAAUCAAACCAUGAACGAAAAUGGGAAAUUAGGAAGCCUUCCAAGUAAUGGAAUAAUGCUGGAUCAAAAUAUCAUGUCUAACACCGGAAGCGUAUCAUCAAGAACUUCGAUUUUUUCCAAGAACUCCGGAGAAACUGCUCUUACCUCUAACCCAUCAACAUAUGACCAGGAACAUAAUAAUAUAAACCCUACAAGUGCAAGUAUCAUGAUAAAAGCUAAGAAAAAUUCGCAUAGGAGCCCGAUAUUUGAAAAGCCACAAACCCAAAAACAUAUUAAUAACAAAGACGAUGCGGAACUAAAGACUGUUUUUGAGAAGAUUAAUGGAAAAAUUGUUGAAGUAAUAACAAUAGAUGACGAUGUCGAUGAAACUUCAAAAAUUUCUGUAAAAGUUCCUCUUCAAUCAAAUGGACAUAAAUUAGACAAUAUGAUUGAUGAUUAUAAUGAUCAGGUCAGGAUGAGAAGAAAUAAAUCUAAUGAUUGCACAAAAAAACAUAGACAAUCGUUUCACGAAGCCCAAAAAAAAUACGAAACUAUAUUAAGUCUUUGUGAUGAAACAGCUGAAACAGCUAAAACAGUUAUUUAUGAACUUAAUAAGAAACAGCAUUCGGAGACUAAAGGUCUCGCAAUACGUGCAUACAACAGUGCUAAUACCGCAAACAAUAUCACUAGUAAUAUUAGUAAUAUGUCAGCUAACGAAUUAGAUCCUCGGAAAAUCAAGUACCUAUCAACUUUCAACAAGAAACUAAGAGUAAAUUCUUACACUAGAAAGGAGAAGCCUACUACUGGCUAG